AUGAUCUUCAAUCGGCUUAGAGAGAGUGAGAAGCCAAAGUUAACUGGUGCCAUAGGUUUGCGGGGAGCUGGGGGUAUGCCCAUUAAGGUAAUGGGUCGAGGAGCUUUCAGAAUGCAGCUUGGACCAGUCAAGAGGCUUCAAGAAGCUAUAGAAGCCGACAUAGAAUAUGACGUGCUGUUGGGCUAUGACGUGUUGGGGAACGCUGAGAGUCCAGCAGAUAUCAUUUCGAAUCGCAGUAUAAUUUCUUUAGAUGGUAAAGAAAUACUUUGUAUACAGAAAAAGCUGAGGUACAUGCAAAAGGUAACUGUUGCAGACGAUGUGCUAGUUCCAGGGAACUCAAAAGCUGUGAUAGAAGUGUAUGUGGAAAGAGAAGAGGCUGAUGACGGAGGGAAGCCUGACUUUAUCAUUGAAGCCACUGAUAUGUUCCAAGAGAGGUACGGUCUAGUUUUGGCUGCAACAUUAGUAAACAUCAAAUCAGCCCCUACUUGCAAGGUGAGGCUUAUGAAUCCGUUCCCUGAAGAAGCAAUGCUGAAGCAGGAUGCCGAAAGUGCACGUGCAGAACGCAUUGAUAGGGUGGUAAGUGUCGUUGUUGAUAAAGAGAGCGAAGAUGUGGCGAAUAACAUUAGUAUAAGACGAAUUGCUGUAAGACCGAAUCAAGAAUUGCCUGGUAAUGUAGAAGCACUUUCCCAAACAGGUUUAAAAGAACUACCAGCUCAUCUUAAAGAUCUUCACGAGCGCUCAACAGUAGGUAAAACGGAACACGGGAAAGCCGUUGUUGCAGGUUUGUUUCACAAAUACAGCGACUCAUUUUCUAAAGAUGACUCGGAUAUAGGUCUAACCCAUUUAACAGAGCAUUGCAUCAAUACCGGAGAUGCCGCUCCAGUGAAACAAAGGCCUCGUCGGGUACGUUAG